AUACUCGUUGACGAAUUAUUAACAGCGUUUUUUCGAGAAUAUUCUACCAUUUCCUGAAUAACAUACGAAUUUGUAUUUUACAGUCAAGCCGCAAGCGAUUGAUUUCCUGAAUUAAAUUAAAAAGGACUUAAUCUACAGAAGUCUAUAUCUUCUUCACAAUGUUGAGUGCUGCAAAGUAUAUAACUCAGCGGGCUGCUGAGCAGUCUUUUCUUAUUAAGCCUGAAUUCAUUGCAAAAUCGUCAUGCCUCAGCCUGUUUCAAUGUCGUUCUUCAUCUUCUAAAGGUGUCCAAGGUCAUGUCAUUGGUAUUGAUCUUGGUACUACUAACUCAUGUGUAGCUGUUAUGGAAGGAAAAACGCCGAGAGUGAUUGAAAACUCUGAAGGUUCCCGGACUACUCCAUCAGUUGUGGCGUUCACCAAAGAUGGUGAACGUUUAGUUGGCACCCCUGCCAAAAGGCAGGCUGUGACUAAUACCCAAAAUACAUUUUAUGCCACCAAACGACUCAUAGGACGUCGGUAUGAAGAUCCAGAAAUUAAAGAAGAUAUGAAAAAUUUAACUUACAAAAUUGUAAAAGCAACAAAUGGUGAUGCGUGGGUACAAGGUACUGAUGGUAAAAUGUAUUCUCCCAGUCAAAUUGGAGCGUUUGUAUUAAUGAAAAUGAAAGAAACUGCAGAUUCGUUUUUGGGAACAAAUGUGAAAAAUGCUGUUAUCACUGUUCCUGCUUAUUUCAAUGAUUCUCAAAGACAAGCGACCAAAGAUGCUGGACAAAUAUCUGGACUUAAUGUAUUGCGUGUUAUCAAUGAGCCUACUGCUGCUGCUUUGGCAUAUGGCAUGGAAAAGGACUCUGAUAAACUGAUUGCCGUUUAUGAUUUAGGUGGUGGUACUUUUGAUGUUUCUAUUUUAGAAAUUCAAAAAGGUGUUUUUGAAGUUAAAUCAACCAAUGGAGACACGUUAUUAGGCGGUGAAGAUUUUGAUAACUUGUUAGUUAAUUAUCUUGUAUCUGAAUUUAAAAAAGAACAAGGUGUGGAUUUAAACUCGGAUGUCAUGGCUAUGCAACGUGUUAAAGAAGCUGCUGAAAAAGCGAAAGUUGAAUUGUCAUCCUCUGUUCAGACAGAUAUCAAUUUACCAUAUGUAACUGUUGAUAGUUCAGGUCCAAAACAUCUAAAUAUGAAAUUAACUCGUGCUAAAUUUGAAUCAUUAGUAGGAGAUUUAAUAAAAAGAACAGUAGGACCUUGUCAAAAAGCUGUGAAAGAUGCAGCAAUCAAAACAUCUGACAUUUCCGAUGUAUUAUUAGUAGGAGGAAUGACACGUAUGCCAAAAGUUCAGGCUCUUGUACAGGAAAUAUUUGGUAAACAACCUAGUAAAGCAGUAAAUCCAGAUGAAGCAGUUGCUGUGGGUGCUGCGGUUCAAGGAGGAGUUCUCUCAGGAUGUGUGACUGAUGUAUUAUUACUCGACGUUACUCCGUUGUCCCUUGGUAUUGAAACAAUGGGUGGUGUCUUUACAAGUCUCAUUUCACGAAACACUACAAUUCCAACAAAAAAGAGUCAAGUUUUCUCAACAGCUGCUGAUUCCCAGACACAAGUAGAAAUUAAGGUAUUCCAAGGAGAAAGAGCAAUUGCUGCAGAUAACAAACUUCUUGGUCAAUUUUCUUUAGUUGGAAUUCCACCAGCCCCAAGAGGUGUUCCACAGAUAGAAGUUACAUUCGAUAUUGAUGCUAACGGUAUUGUACAUGUAUCGGCACGUGACAAAGGAACUGGACGGGAACAACAAAUAUCUAUUCAAUCAUCUGGUGGUUUGAGUAAAGACGAAAUAGAAAACAUGGUCAAAAAUGCCGAACAGUAUGCCCAGCAAGACAAAGUUAAAAGAGACCGUGUUGAAGCUUUAAAUCAAGCUGAUUCUAUUGUUAAUGAUACUGAAAGUAAACUAGCAGAAUACAAAGUGCAUGUACCAGAAGAAGAGUCUACCAAAAUAAAUGAAUUAAUCAAAGAAGUAAGAGAAAAAAUUGCACAUGCACAGACGAAUGCAGAUAGUGAUGCUGAAGAAUUAAAAGCUAGUACUCAAAAACUUCAACAAGCUUCACUAAAAUUAUUUGAAGUAGCAUACAAAAAGAUGGCAGCUGAACGGGAACAAGGAAGUAGUAAUGCUAGUCAAAGUCAGAGCGAAGAUAAUCAAACUGAACAGAAAGAAAAGGACAAAAAGGACAACAAUUAGUAAAAUCACAAUUCCUCAUAGUAGUAGUACCAAUAUUAUGAACUUAUUAAUUUUUGUUUUUUAUAUGAGUUACAAUGCAUAGUAUCUAUGUAAAUAUUCUUUCUUUUUUUUUAAUAUUAUUUAUAUGUAUAUAAACACGUUUAUAUUGGUUAGGAAAGUUAUAAAAUAUAAAAAAUAAAUGUCUUAUAUAUUUUUAAUUAUAAAUGUUUAAACUGUAGUUGAUUGAUAUCCUGUCUUUUCUUAAUAGAUUUUAAUGUAAUUUAUGUCUGUAAUAUUAUAAACAUAAAGUAUUAAGUUUUUAUGCCA